GGGAACUGGCCCAGGCCAGGAGGGCAGGUUUCUUUCUCCUGGUGGUUGGUGUGUGGUAGUGACAGCAGCAGAGAGGACAAAGGACAAGCAGGAGCCGGGAGCCCCAGGCCCCGCCAUGGCGCCGUUCCUGCGCAUCGCCUUCAACUCCUACGAGCUGGGCACCCUGCAGGCCGAGGACGAGGCGAGCCAGCCCUUCUGUGCCGUGAAGAUGAAGGAGGCGCUCAGCACAGAGCGCGGGAAGACGCUGGUGCAGAAGAAGCCUACCAUGUACCCCGAGUGGAAGUCCACGUUCGAUGCCCACAUCUACGAGGGCCGAGUCAUUCAGAUAGUGCUGAUGCGGGCAGCUGAGGAGCCGGUGUCUGAGGUGACCGUGGGCGUGUCGGUGCUGGCCGAGCGCUGCAAGAAGAACAAUGGCAAGGCCGAGUUCUGGCUGGACCUACAGCCUCAGGCCAAGGUGUUGAUGUCUGUGCAGUACUUCCUGGAGGACGUGGAUUGCAAACAGUCUAUGCGUAGUGAAGACGAGGCCAAGUUCCCAACAAUGAACCGCCGUGGAGCCAUCAAACAGGCCAAAAUCCACUACAUCAAGAACCACGAGUUUAUCGCCACCUUCUUUGGGCAGCCCACCUUCUGUUCUGUGUGCAAAGAAUUUGUCUGGGGUCUCAACAAGCAAGGCUACAAAUGCAGGCAAUGCAACGCUGCCAUCCACAAGAAAUGCAUCGACAAGAUCAUCGGCCGGUGCACGGGCACCGCGGCUGACAGCCGGGACACCAUAUUUCAGAAAGAACGCUUCAAAAUCGACAUGCCACACCGGUUCAAGGUCCACAACUACAUGAGCCCCACCUUCUGUGACCACUGUGGCAGCCUGCUGUGGGGACUGGUGAAGCAGGGACAAAAGUGUGAAGACUGCGGCAUGAACGUGCACCAUAAAUGCCAGGAGAAGGUGGCCAACCUCUGUGGCAUCAACCAGAAGCUCUUGGCAGAGGCAUUGAACCAAGUCAGCCAGAGAGCCUCCCGGAGAUCAGACACAGCGCCUUCCGAGACUGUUGGCAUAUACCAGGGUUUCGAGAAGAAGCCAGGAGUCUCUGGUGACGAUGUGUUAGACAACAGCGGGACCUACGGCAAGAUCUGGGAAGGCAGCAACAAGUGCAAGAUCGAUAACUUCACCUUCCACAAGGUCCUGGGCAAAGGCAGCUUUGGGAAGGUGCUGCUCGCGGAGCUGAAGAGCAACGGCCAGUACUUCGCCAUCAAGACCCUGAAGAAGGAUGUGGUUCUCAUCGACGACGACGUGGAGUGCACCAUGGUGGAGAAGCGAGUGCUGGCGCUUGCUGGGGAGAAUCCCUUUCUCACCCACCUCAUCUGCACCUUCCAGACCAAGGACCACCUGUUCUUCGUGAUGGAGUUCCUCAACGGGGGGGACCUGAUGUUCCACAUUCAAGACAAAGGCCGCUUCGAGCUCUACCGUGCCACGUUUUAUGCAGCUGAGAUCAUCUGUGGACUGCAGUUUCUACAUAGCAAGAGAAUCAUUUACAGAGACCUCAAACUGGACAACAUACUGCUGGACCGGGAUGGCCACAUCAAGAUUGCCGACUUCGGGAUGUGCAAAGAGAACAUAUUUGGGGAGAACCUGGCCAGCACCUUCUGCGGCACCCCUGACUACAUUGCCCCUGAGAUCCUGCAGGGCCUGAAGUACUCAUUCUCUGUGGACUGGUGGUCCUUCGGGGUCCUUCUCUAUGAAAUGCUCAUUGGUCAGUCCCCCUUCCAUGGUGAUGAUGAGGAUGAACUCUUCGAGUCCAUCCGUGUGGACACGCCGCACUAUCCCCGUUGGAUUACCAAGGAGUCCAAGGACAUCCUGGAGAAGCUAUUUGAAAGGGACCCAAGUAAGAGGCUGGGAGUGACAGGAAACAUCAGAAUCCACCCCUUCUUCAAGACCAUCAACUGGACUUUGCUGGAAAAGCGGAAGAUAGAGCCGCCCUUCAGGCCCAAAGUGAAGUCCCUCAGAGACUAUAGCAACUUCGACCAGGAGUUCCUGACUGAGAAGGCACGCCUCUCCUACAGCGACAAGAACCUCAUCGACUCCAUGGACCAGUCUGCAUUUGAAGGCUUCUCCUUUGUGAACCCCAUAUUCGAGCAUCUCCUGGAAGGUUGAGGUUCCCAGACAUGCCCCCCCAGCCCACCUUGGGCAGAGCAGGCCAGGCCCCACUCUCCGUCUGCACAUGCCCACCCCCCAUGAUAAGCAACAGUGUCCGUGUGGCGAUUUCUGCUGCUGCUGCCUGCCCCCGCCCCCUGCCCCCAGAGGGGCCUCGGCUCCUGUCUGGCUGGGCUCUUAUGGUACUUCCUCUGUGAACUGUGUGUGAAUUUGCUUUUCCUCUGCCCUCAGAGGGAAACUGUAAAUCCUGUGUUUCAUUACUUGAAUGUAGUUAUCUAUUGAAACAUAUGUAUACACACACAUAUAUAUA